AUGUCCUGCCAGAUCUCAGCCCGGGUGUCGUUCUCCAGGCUGUUCAGCCGGGCACUGCUGUGGUUCCUGAACUGCCUCUUCCUGAAUGUGCAGCUGCACAGGGGCCAGAUGAAGAUGGUCCACAAGGCUACCCAGGCAAGGAAGAACUACUUAGCUGAACCCUCUCGGGCUGCCCCGGGUCUGGAGGUGCCGGGUUUCGGCUCCUACAUCUUCCGGGCCUUGGCCCCACUGGGGCUGUGGACGGGAGCUCUGGCUGCUCUGCAGAGCCUACGAGGAUGGGGCCGUGGCCGCAGGGUCUGUGCCCAUGUACAUCUGGCUCAGCCCUUCUCCCUGCAGGAAUACACUAUUGAUGCCAGAAGCUGCUGGGACAGCAGGCAGACCCUGGAGCAGCUGCUGCAGCCCAUUGUGCUGGGCCAGUGUACUGUCGUCCCCGACAUGGAGAAGGAGCAGGAGUGGACCCCAGUAACCGGGCCCCUUCUGGCCCUCAAGCAAGAGGACCAGCUCCUGGUCAGGAAGCUGGGCCAUCACGUCCUGAAUGGUGAGAACUUGGUCUGGUCUCUGGGAGAGGCUCCUCAGAGGUGGCUGGUCGUCAGGGCCCUGUGUUCCGAGUGGGUUUCUGUCCCUGCCCCUCCUCCUGCGAGGCCUACUUGGGACGUGAAGGAGUGGGAUCUGCCCCUGCCCCUGAGGAGCGGGGCAGCCAGGGAAGACAUGAUGGAGCUGCUGAGUGAGUUGCACACAGGCAGCCACCUGGCUAGCCUCUGGCAUGUCACUUCACUCUGAGGUGACGUUAGCUGAACAGAAUAACCUAAGAGAUAUAACCACAGUGCCUGGCACAGAGGGGCUCAUAACAGCCUUAUUACCAUCUUCUCAGGUGUCUCCUCUGUGGCAGAAACUGGGUGGGUGGGUAGCAGAGCUAUAAGAGGCAAGGGAUGCCCCUGAGCUCCCAGCCUGGCUCUCAAUAUAUAGUUGAUAAAUGCCAAUUUUCUUCACUGGAGGAGGGGGGCACCAAAGGCAAAGCUUGUGCUUCCCUUUCCAGAGGUGUAGUUGGGUAGCGGGGGCAUGUGUGUGGCUGCUGCCAGGGAGGUGUGCUCUUGGCUGGCUCUUGGAUCCUGACCAGCAUCCCCUCCCACCUGCCCGCCAGCGUGGCCAGCUCGGCGGUAAUGAGCACAGCCAUCAGGGCGAUGCACUGCUGUUCAGGCACCGGAAGAUAGGGGGCGGUGUGGCCCUGUGCUGAGCCCCUCACUGCCUGCCCAGGGCAUGUUCCUGUCACAGGUCCUGGGGGAGUUCUCCUGGCUGACCGAGGAGAUGCUGCUGCGUGGCUUUGACAUGGGCUUCUCAGGGCAGCUGCGGUGCCUGGUGCAGCACACCCUGAGCCUGCUGUGUGCACACGUGGCCCUGCUGCGCCUCUACCAGGGGAACCUGUUGGUGGUUCCAAGGCCAGGCCCAGGCUUCGUGCACCUGGCACACCUGAGUGCUGAGUUGCUGCCCGCCUUCCUGAGCGAGGCUGUAGGUGUUGAGUCUCCGGGGUGGUUGG